AUGAUAAAAUAGCUAUAACUUUGUGAUUCUGUUAGGCCAGCAGAGAAGGCUCACCACUGAUGUUCACACAGUGAACGGCCGUGCGUAAUGGCACUGUGGUCUGACGCGGGACUUCUCAGAGGCCGCGGAUUUAUCAACAUCAGUCCUCCAUAAAGUCUGUCUAACCUUUGAUAAUUUUGUCAAUUAGAGUUGACUAAUAUUAAUGCAUGUAAAGUUGCCACACAACUUCAAGAUAAAAUAGGCUACAUAUUUUUUUUAAUGUUGGGGUAAACGUCGGUGGGGCAGGCGGAGCAUUUGGGGGGGGGGGGCAUUCCCCACCCCAUUGGCCAUGCCUUAAACAGGCCUUGUUUACAGCGUAAGAGAUGCUUUUCAGUUUUUUUGACUAGAUGUUGCCUUUUUGUGAAAGUGUUUGUUCAGUGUUCGUACUGUGGAAAACUGUGUUUGAAAUGUAAAUUAUUUUAUAUAUUGAAAAAAGUUCACCAAAGCUGCCAGUGGGCCAAAUGUUACCUCAUCCCCAACAGGAGGACUGUGUCAAUAGUAUACUUUUUGAAGGUACAAUGUUUUUUAUUUUAUACUUUUCAUGUAUACAUUUGCUAGGGAUAAAAAUCAUGGCCAGAAUAGAAUAAAUUUCAUAAUUUUAAAGAAAAUGUGUGGGGGGGAAUGGGUUUGUCAUAGCAUCAUAUAUCAUCACUAAAUUUCCAGAUUUUCUACAACUUUUCUCUUUAUAGUUCACAGCUGAUUUUCACAACAUUAACUGUGAGAUGAGAGGAAAGCUAUGACAAAGCCUGUUUGUUAUGCUUCCUGAUUUUCCAUUCAACUUUAAUUUCAAUCAGUGUUGCAUAUCACCUGCUUUUAUAAUUCCAUAAUUUAUUCAUCAUCGUAUAUAAAAUAUUUGUACAUCUCUUAUAUUUAGCAUUUAUUCAUGUCAAUAAAUACACACAUCAUGCAGUGACAUCAUGCAGCUUUGUGACUACAAUUGCUUUAAAUCGUGUUUCCAGUAGAUUCGUCCUUCUUUGAAGUGAACACAGAAAUAUAUGCAAAUCGUUAAGAUUGAGGCAUUUGCCAAAUGACCACACUUUCUGACUGUUGAUACUCACACAGUUUCAAUACUGAAACAGAAUGUCUUUUGCUUUGUCAGGAUCUUGAAGACGUUGUGUCGAAAGCUGAAGCUGCGGGAGGACUUUGACUACCAGCAGCUGGCCCGGCUAACCCCAGGCUACGUGGGUGCAGACCUUAUGGCUCUGUGCCGGGAAGCUGCCAUGAGUGCUGUAAGCAGGGUUCUGCUGGAAAUAAGAGGACAGAGCCAAAGCCCGAGCUCUACUAAAGAGCUUUUAACAAGCAGAGUUCAGACUGAGGCUGCUGUGACAGAUGGAGAGGUCAGAGAGCAACAAACAACAGACAUCAACCCUGUACCUCAAGAAGAGUCGGGACAGAGUCACCUGCAGCAGGGGGAUCUGUGGCACCUGCUGCAAUUGUUAAAGAGCACUGCGACACUAUCAGAGGAAGAGCUGGCUGGCCUGUCCAUCCUCAUGUCAGACUUCCUGGCCUCUCUGUCCAGUGUUCAGCCUUCAGCCAAGAGGGAGGGCUUUGCCACCGUGCCUGAUGUCACGUGGGAGGAUGUGGGAGCCCUGCAGGACAUCAGAGAGGAACUCACCAUGGCCAUAUUGGCUCCAGUGCGUUCUCCAGAGCAGUUCAGGGCUCUUGGGCUCAGUGCUCCAUCUGGUGUGCUGCUGGCUGGACCUCCAGGAUGCGGAAAAACACUGCUGGCCAAGGCAGUGGCCAAUGAGUCAGGCCUCAACUUCAUCUCUGUCAAAGGUCCAGAGCUGCUCAACAUGUAUGUGGGAGAAAGUGAGCGGGCUGUCAGACAGGUCUUUCAGAGAGGAAGCAACUCAGCUCCUUGUGUCAUCUUCUUUGACGAGAUUGAUGCUCUGUGUCCUCGCCGCUCAGGCCAUGAGUCAGGAGCCAGUGUGCGGGUGGUCAACCAGCUGCUCACAGAGAUGGAUGGCUUAGAGACUCGACGGCAGGUCUUCAUCAUGGCUGCAACUAACAGACCAGAUAUAAUCGACCCUGCCAUACUGAGGCCAGGUCGUCUGGAUAAAACCUUGUAUGUAGGUCUGCCACCUCAAGCAGACCGCCAUGCCAUCCUGCUUACCAUUACUAAGGGAGGGACCAAACCUCAGCUGGAGCAGGAUGUCUGUCUCGAAGAGAUUGCCUUCGAUGAGCGCUGUGAUUGCUUCAGUGGAGCUGACCUGACUGCGUUAGUGAGGGAAGCAUCUGUUAAUGCCCUGAGGGUCUACCUGAAGUCUCAGAAUUCCCAAACUACUUCUUCUGGUCACACAUUCACUUCUGGCUCAGUCGCUGACAUCAGGGUGAGCAACCAAAACUUUGAUGAUGCCUUCAAGAAAGUUCGUCCAUCUGUGUCCAAAAAGGUAAAGUGUAACGAGUACAAUGAUUGCUGGGUGACAUGUAAAAUGGGCCAACAAUGUGUAAUACUUUUUUUUUUUUCUUUUUUUUUUUAAGACUGAAAUGCAUGAACAUACAGUCCCUCAGCUUUUAACCCUGUGCUAUUUUUGACACCUCUUAAAAGUAUUUUAGGACACAAAAUGGUCAUUCAAAGGAACACGUUAUUAAGAGCAACUUGUGUGCACAAAUGAUCAAACAACAAAAUGAACAUUAUUACUGGGAGCAUGGGAACCAUCCACUAGAGCAAUGGCGUAAACCGUCCCUUUGGGAUUUGCAUCCAGUGACCCUUCAAUUCAGGGCAGGCAGUCUUCGCUUUGAGUUGCCGAUAUUCCAUGUACAUCAUCAGAGUCCUUUCCUUCUAUGAGGCUAUGGGCUGUGACUCUUACUAAUGACCCUCCUUCUGCAUAAGCUGCAUUAUAUGUGCUUUAACCUCCUCCCACUUGUGGUGGCAAAAACUAUUAAAUAGUACCGAGUGAGUCCUAUGAUACUGAAAUUAAGAAACAUUGAGGAAAGAAGUUUGUCUUCAAAGUAUUUAUUCUUUGCGCAGAGAAGGUUCAAUCGUCAUACAGAAUGCAAUGCUGUCUGAAGGAGGAAGAACCUAGAGUGUUGGUUGUGUAUGCCAUGAGCACAUGGUGGAGUCACUAGGACAUCUGGACAACAGUGAUCAUUCACUGAUCAACCAUUGAAUGGUUAAUCACUGAUUGGUCCACUGAUUGCAUCCCCAUUCAGCCCCCUAUUUAAGUUGACAGUAUCAUGCCCUUGAUUAAGACACACACCUAUUAUUACUCAACCUGAGAGGACCCCUACUGACCAUGUCUGACACUGAUUAACUUUGUUAAUACAAAAAGGGCCAGAACACUGAGUGGUCAGACAAUAAAAACAGAUAGAUAAGUCAUAGUGCAAAUUAGCCAUCACACACUGACUUGGAAGAAGCCUAUGCUGCUUAACUGGGGUGAACAAUGUCUGUUCAGCCUCACUCCUGGCGAACACGUCCGGGUUUACAUCCAGCAAAUUCCUCACCUGAGCUAACCGCUGCUCAUUUAAAUAAUGACUGUCAAGAGAGUAAGAUCAGAGUAGUAGAGCGUAUAAUGACUUCGCCAUAAUAGGAAAAAAAAUAUUUUCUCCUCAAAUGCAACAAUGUAAUUUUCCUUUUGUCCAGACCAAACUAACCAAACUACAGGUAUAAAAGCACCCUUAAACAGCAACAAAUAUGAGCUUGGCCUGUUGAUUGAUGGACUGUGUCAGUUGGAGACCUCUGUGCUUCACCUGUAAGUGAAGCACAGAGGUCAGCUGCUGUUUGUUGUAAGAAGUGCCAGGGAGAGGGGCAGGGCUGACAUCCUUUUUUAGAUCCUUUUGAUGGCACUUAGACUCAGCACAGCUGUGAAACCCACAACCAUACAGUGACUGUUCCUCUGUGUU